UCUCUUCUGCGGUGCAUCUUGCUGGCGCCGCUGUCGCCUUCUCGGCAUUCUCGUCGCCUUUUCGGCAGCGGCUCCGACAGCCAUUUCGUGAGAACAGUAGUACAACGAGAAGUCGGACAGGGGACACUAUGAACGAAGAGCAGUUUGUUAACAUUGACUUGAAUGAUGAUAAUGUUUGCAGUAUAUGCAAAUUAGGAACAGAAAGGGAGACACUCUCAUUCUGCCACAUUUGUUUUGAACUAAACAUUGAAGGGAUACCAAAGUCUGAUCUUCUACAUACAAGGUCAUUGAGAGGACACAGGGACUGCUUUGAAAAAUUCCACUUAAUAGCAAACCAGAGUUGUCCGCGGUCAAAACUCUCCAAGAGUACAUAUGCAGAAGUAAAAAAUAUCUUGAGCAAAAAAAUUAACUGGAUUAUACAGUAUGCCCAAAACAAAGAUUUGGAUUUGGAUUCUGAAGGUGCAAAACAAACACAGCAUCGACUUUUUAGUUUUGGACAUCAGAGAGACAGAAAACUUCUUCCACAAUUUGAUUCCCAGGUCCCUAAAUAUUCUGAAAAAUGGAUAGAUGGAAACUCUGGGAGUAUUUCAAACUGUUCACAAAGUAUUAUAGAAUCGAGAGAAUCAAGUGAUUUUAGAUUUGAUAUGUUGCAACAAAGAGACACUACUUUUUGUUGUAGUAAUUCAUUGUGGUCUAGUCAUAACCAGUCAUCAGAGAUGGGAAAAAAUAAAAAAGAUUCAGAUACUUGCGUUCACAGAAGACAUCCCCAGUACAGCAGGGAACAAUUGAGUAUGAUGACCCUUGAGGAGGUGGAGCAGCUAAAUGGGAAACUACUCAAGCAAGUCCAAGAUGUAUUUGAAGAGCUGGCUAAGCAAGUACAAGAAAAAGACUCCUUAGCUUCACAACUUAAUGUCCGCCACAUUGCGAUUGAGCAGCUGCUAAAGAAUUGUUCAAAAUUGCCUUGUCUACAGAUGGGAAGGGCAGCAAUGAAAUCCAAUAUUUCCAUAUAGUUGAAGCAAAGCUUGCAUUUCCUAGCUUCAUUAAUCUAUCUCAUACAGCCGCACACUCAAGCAGUAUUGUGGAAAAUUCUAAACUUGUAUGUAUUACAAGGUGCAAAGGAAGUUAUAAACAGUGUUCUUUUUUUCCCAAAGAUUGAAAAAAUGUGUUCUGUGUGGGUCUUGGAAGUCACAAAAAUGUUUCCUGUAACUGGCAGUGUCCCAUCCAGUCACUGAUAAAUACUGCAGUGUGACUUAACAAAGAGACUUCUAACUGCCUUUGAAUAACUUAAGAGAUUAACAAGAGAAAUUUCAUUUUAAGAGAUCAAGAAAUGGUGGAGAAACCAGUAUUUGUGAAAUGUAAUUUCUUAUUUAUUGCAAGCAAUAUUUUAUUACUGAAAUUUUAUAAAAGAAUAAACUAUUUUAGGUAUUUUUCCACAUCUCUUUAUAAAGGUUUUGAAUGAAUUUAAGUAACAUUUUGUGGAAUGAUUGUUUACCCUUUUUCAAGUUAGUGUACUUUACAUUUCAUUAUGGAAAUUGUUUUUUAAAAGAGAGUUUCCCAAAGACACAAUCUCUGUGGCUGUUACAUAUAUUACUUUUAGUUUUCAACUAUGUAGAAUUUAUUGGGCAUGGAUUGUAUCUUAAUAGAAAAAAAUUAAGCACAGUGUCUCCUUUUGGAAUGAGAGUUCAUGUUUUGUUAAUAUACAGAGCCGGAGUUCAGUUUUGUAUGUGACUUUCUAAUGCUUAAUAAAAGUAUAUGGCUUCAAGAAAUAAACCUAUAAUACCUCAUGAAAA